AGUGCUCAUGAAGUCUGGAGUACCACUCAUCAGUAGAAUUCUGGACUUUAUACAGUGAAGAUGUUUUAUAAAUUAAUUUUCGUGUGCUUGUUAGCGACGUGCGUGAAUUCUGCGCCGGCGCCGGAUAGCGCGCCACCACCGGAAAAACAGCAACCUACAGUGAUCCCAAUAGUUUCACAAUCAGAGGAAUUGGAGCCGAAUGGCACAUAUAAAUUUAGCUAUGAAACUGGCAAUGGAAUUAAACGCGAAGAAACAUCAUAUGAUAAGGUGCUCCCAAAAGGCCGCUCUGCCAGUAGUAAUGAAGGCGGUGAGAGUGACAGUGAUGAAAGCGAUGAAAUUCAUGUACAGCAAGGAUCUUAUUCCUACACCGCUCCUGAUGGAACGCUCAUUUCUGUGAGGUACAUUGCUGACGAAAAUGGUUUUCGACCAAUUGGGGACCACAUACCUAGAAUACCUUCCGCAUCAUCGGAAAAUUCGGGUGAAAAGUCUGGUCGUGCGCUAAAGUCUGACAGCAAAGCUUCUGGUUCUGCACCUGCAGCUAAAACUGCGAAACCUGACUCACAAACACCGGCAAAAAAACAAGAAGAAUCAUCUGAUUCUCCUGAUGCACAAAAAAAAUCUGCUGAUUCUAGUCAGGCACCAGAAGCACAGACUGAAACAGCAUCUUCUUCGCCGGAAUCCUCAACACCAUCAGAGUCAACAACAUCAGCGGCAUCCGAAACAAGUAACCCAGCUGAAGCGUCUUCAACUGCCACUCCCGAAGGUUCAUCGACUACAGGUUCGGAGUCGUCUUCUACAGCUAGUCCUGAAUUAUCAACUGCCGCUUCAGAUGUAUCAUCAACGUCUAGUGCCGACACGCCAUCAACUGCCUUGACAGAAUCUGCUUCUGAGGCAGCAUCAACAGCCGGUCCUGCUUCCACCCCAACCUCUGAGGAAUCUCUUUCUUCUACGGGAUCCGCACCAGCGGAGGAUUCUUCAACGGAAGCAGCGACAUCUACUACUGCUGUUUAAUUUUAAUAAAAAUGAAAAAGCUUUAUAAUGGUGCCAUCUUCGUAUAAUAACAUGUUUAAUUCUCUAAGUGAUAUAAGAUGUUUCUGAUUUGAGCCUUUAGUAUUAUGCUUAUCUGAUAAAAUCGUCCCAAAUGGAUGUCUAAAGGAUAAUCUGUUCACCACACAUAAAUAAUUUUAUACAUAAAUUGAAAAAAAAAAAACCUGAUUGUGAUAUUCGUUGUAUUAUAGUCGACAUUGUGUGUAAUGUUUAUUGACCUUUUGUAAAUUAUAUAAUGAACUGCC